GCCCGUCGUUGUUGGUCGUCCGGAGCGAUGAAUUAAAAUGUUAAACAUGAGUUCUUGUUUAAUCAGUGGUUCGAAUUCGCCCGAUACGAAUGGCACAGAAACUGUUCGUCUUGUCCACAGUGUUAUCGCUUAAACGUUAUCACGCGGCCCAUGUCAAACGAUAGGAUAUCAUGUUUUUGAAAAUCUCGAUUUCGUUCAAUUCUCCGCUUUGGUUUAACGUGUUCUGUAACAAUUAACAUCACUCGGUUUUAAUGUAAUACUGCAGAGAGUUCAAAAUCUGUUCUGCGAGCUUACGUUCAUUUUAGAGCCCGAGAUCGACACUGUUGUCGAAUUCCCCGGCACUAGUGCGCGAUCCAUUGACACUCGCUAGACCAUGUUCAGUUCGUCAACACGUAUUGACUGUUCGAAAAUAAUAUUGUUCUUAAACGCGUGAUACGUGAGAUUUCGGAUAGGAUCAUUCAGCUUGUCAAGAAGAUAUAUUUGUUUUCGGGAUUCCAAUCAUGAUUUACAUCGCUCGACGAUUGUACUCGUCAGUUUUCGAAAAAACUGUUCAAAUAUCCAAAUCAACAGAUGUGUUUGAAAACCUAGCUUUAGAACACUGGUAUUACCGAUAUUUCGACUUCACUAAUAAACCCAUGUUGCUACUAUGGGUAAACAUUAAUUGUGUUGUUAUUGGCCGACAUCAAAAUCCCUGGUUGGAAGUAAAUUUUGAUCCAUCAAUUGAUGUGCAGAUAGCUAGAAGGAAUAGUGGGGGUGGAACAGUGUUCCAUGAUGAUGGGAAUCUGAACAUGACAUUUUUUACACACAGGGAUGUGUACAACAGGAGAAGAAAUCUUGAACUAAUUGUAGAAACAUUGAAAAACGAAUGGGAUAUUGUAACCAAGAUUAAUAAACGAGAAGAUAUUGUAGUUGAAAACAAGUACAAAGUAUCAGGGACAGCCUCCAAAUUGGGUAGACCUAAUGCAUACCACCAUUGUACUUUAUUGGUAAACUGCAAUAGAGAAUUGAUGUCAAAGUUGCUGAAAAAAAAAGAGAAAAAUAUCGAAACCAAUGCCACGGUCAGCAUACCGGCUGACGUAUUGAAUUUGACCCAAAUUAACAAUAGAGUGUCAAUCAACAGAUUAAUGACUGUUAUUGGUUUACAGUACCUGAAAACAAUAGGUGACCAUACUACAAUAAAUCGAGGAUUUAAUUAUGUAAUGCCAGAUGAACAUACAUUCCCUGGAUUGAAUGCUAUUAAAGAUGAAAUGAAAAGCUGGGAAUGGCGAUACGGAAGAACGCCCAAGUUUAACAUAACUAUUAAAUUCGAUGAACAAUCCGUUAUUUUGUCUGUGAAAAAUGGUAUAAUUGAAAAUGUUUCAACAACGUGUGCUGUAAGUUUUAAUAACUUUAUAAAUAAAAAAUUUAAUGUGAAUGUUGUUGAUGAAAUAAAACAGCUUUUAAAAGUGAUAAAAAUAUAAUUUUAUACUUAAAAGUUUUAUUGCCCUUAUACUUAGUUGUAUCAAUAUUUCUGUAGACAAAUAAAUGUUGUGUUGAUAUCUAAA